UGGAAGCGCGCGGCAGAAUGGUGUGCAACAGCCAAAGAGGAGGGGAAUGAAAUACGAGUGAUUUUUCUUUUCUUUUUUUUUUACUCAAAGGGAGUGGUAUAAUGUCGAGAUUGAGAACGAAACCAAUGUUAGAGAAGGCCUCAGUCUUCUCAUAGACGCUGCUGUGGAUAGUCUCCAGGAUUUUCUGCCUUCCCACUCCAGCUCUUACCGUGAUGGUUUCUGAUUAUAUUUUGGGCUGAAAUACAAUUGAUCUGUAUCAUCCUCUUUGUGGAAACUUUAAAAUAAAGGAAGUCGCACGUAGUACUUCAUAAGAAGGUACAAAGAGGCAUUGGGACAGAGAAAACACUUCUGGGCUAUACGACUGGACGCUGGGCUGAGGGGCUUUCUCUGCUCACAUUUCAGCAUGAGUGCAGUACGCACACCUGUCUUCAUAGGUCUCCUUUUGCUGAUCCUCACCACCGGCUUCUGCAGACCAAGAGACAGGGACGGCACCAGUCUGCUGGACCUGCUAAGAGACAGAGAGAGACUAGCACAGGAGCAUCACAGUGAGGGAAACACACAGCAUCCCCUCGAGAUCGUUGAGAAGUCGGCAAAAACAAAAGACAUUAUUAAAGUUACAAAGGCAAUUCAGCAUGAACGCAUUCUUGAGGUCUUUCCGAGAGACCUUCGACAGAAGGAGAAGUUUUUAAAACAUUUAACAGGGCCACUUUAUUUCAGUCCCAAAUGCAGUAAACACUUUUACAAACUGUACCAUAAUUCCAGGGACUGCACAAUACCAGCCUAUUAUAAAAGAUGUGCUCGGCUUCUUACAAGACUAGCAGAGACUCAGCGGUGCUCAGAGGGAUAGAUGCUGCAGACCUGAAGAACUAAAGAGAACCAGGAAAAGUGCCUUGGAGAAAAAACAGGGAAAUGAAAUGAGUUGUGAACAAUCAUAUUUAUCACGUGAACAUAGCUAUUUUUACCACGAAACAGAACUCCUCUUUUGACCUUUUCUACUCAUAUACUGCUUGUCAAUCUUAGUUGACAAAACUGAUUGUAGAACUAAGGUUACUGGCAAUGGUCAUGGUGUAAAUGAAGAAGACAAUGUUUUAUGGGAAAUACAAACACAAAAAAGCCCUGCUGCCAAACGAUAAACUCUGGGUGUCACAUUCAACUGCAUAUAUAUUCUCAGUUGAGACUGCCUUCACAUGUUGUGUGUCCAGUAGUUUUUGGCUGAAGAAUAAUUUAGAUGUGGUUUUGCAGAUGUUCAAAGGUGUUUACUGGCUGAACGACAACCUCAAAGUCACAUUCCUCAAAGCCAGAGCUAAAUCCUUUGAUUGAAUUAUGAAUUGCAUGAUACUUUCUUGCCUUUUUUGUCUUUACAAGACAUGUCUCGGCAUUGAUGAAUGCUACUGGUUGCAGUUUAUUCUGUGAAAGAAAUUAAUUGCAUUUUACCAAUAUUGAAUGUCUUAUAUUAUGUAUUUAUACAUUCAAGUUAUUAAAUAUUGCUAUUGUCAAAUGUAUAAACGCCUAAGUUAGAGUUCAGUUUGUAAAUAUA